AUAGAGUAGUACAGCGUUUGUUAGUUGUUAUGGGUAGGGAAUGGAAGCGUCCAAUGGCAAGUAUAGGAGAUAUUGUUUCGUCGACGCAGCUCUGUAAUUCACUAGGCUCAAAGUUAUCGAAGCUGGUUGGAAGGAAUACCCAUUACCUUUGUCAAGAAUCAUUUUUGUAUAGAAAUAAUCUAAUAUGGGUAUCUUUAUUUGAUUCUUUUGGCAUUGGAAAUAGGGAAUUAACCAGUGAAGAGGUUGUAUUCAAUCACUGCAGUAGGCAGACUCCAGCAAAUAAUAAUAAUAAUAAUAAUAAUCGUCCUUUUGUCAGUUCCAAUAGCUGCAAAGAUGAAUACAACCAUGGAUAUUCACGUUUGAAGCUUUCCUGGAAGCAAUUGUUUUGGAAGUGGUUCUCUUGGAAGAAAGUCUGGAGAACCAAGUCCAGUGGGAGUGUUCAAAGCCUAUUAUUAACGAGUUCAAUUGGUUUGGCUGCGAUGAUUGCUUCCGAUGUGGAACCCAAAAGGACAGAUACGGGUGAAAAAGUAUCCUAUGGACCUCAUAGCAGUGCUUUAUUGAAUGCAGCUGCUAGACACGGAGCAGGUUCAGCUCCUCCUCAUGAAACAGGGAUUGGUCUUAUACCUGGUCGUAUAUUGAAACUGGUGGGUUGGAGUUUGGCUCAAUUGGUUGGAAUUGGUCUGAUUUGGUUGAUGGUUCAUCAUCCAUCUUCUACUGGAAUCGUUGCUUUGAUUGGAUUGUUACUAUUUGCUACUAACCCCAGUGAAGCCAGCUUCCUUCAAUGGAUAAAGACUCAAGCACCUAUUCUGGCCAGACAUAAGGAAGCUAAAAUAGAUAAACUUCGAGUACGAAUUGCACCUUAUUUAUUCAAUUUGCAAGAUUGGACCAUAUGGAAUGUCGGUAUUUGUACGGUGAUUCAUGUUCGAGACUUUGCUGAUUAUGUUUACAUUUAUGUUGGGAUUCUUGGACGUUGGAUAUUGUUAGGUUGGUGGAAAGACCCAGAGUUUGUGUUUGAAUAAAUUGGUUUGACAAUACAGACAACAAAAUAUAUAAUACCUUUUAGAA